AUGGCUGCCGCCUACCUCGCCGCCUCCCUCACCUCCGUCGCUGCCACCCUCGUCGCCUCCGCCGCCACCUCCUCCUUCUCCGCCACCCUCGCCGUCCAUGCCGCCGACCCCUUCGCAGCCGCCCCUCCGCCGCUGCCGCCGCUGACGCCGCCGCCGCCGCCGCCGCCACCGCCGCUGCCGCCGCCGCCGCCGCCGCCGCCGCCGCCGCCGCUGCCGCCGCCCUCGCCGCCGGCGCCACUGCCACCCUCCUCGCCGCCGCCCGCCGCGCCGCCGCCGCAGCCGCCGCUGCCGCCGCUGACGCCGCCGCCGCCGCUGCCGCCACCGCCGCUGCCGCCGCCCAUGCCGCCGACCCCUUCGCAGCCGCCCCUGUCGCCGCCGCCGCGGCCGCCGUCUCCACCCCAGCCUCCUCCACAGCCGCCACGGACGCCAUAUCCAUUGCCGCCGCCGCCACUGCCACCCCACCCCCCCCUUCCGCCGCCGCUGACGCCGCCGCCGCCGCUGCCGCCACCGCCGCUGCCGCCGCCGCCGCCGCCGCCGCCGCCGCCGCCGCCGCUGCCGCCGCCGCCGCCGCCGCCGCCACUGCCCGCGCCGCCGCCACUGCCGCCGCUGCUGCCGCCGCCGCUACUACCGCCUUUGGACCCUCUCGCCGUCUUUGUCGACCGCCUAGUCGACCGCCUUCCCUCCCGCCCCGCAGCGGCGGUGCUUCUCCUCGGGCUGCUCUUUGGGUGCACCUGCGGCUGCCUUAUCUGCCGGCCGCCCCCCGCCGCCUCGACCGCCGCCGAGGAGAGGCACCGCCUGGUCGAGCACAAAGAGAGCAGCUCGGCCGAGGUGGGGGCUCCUCCUCCCCCAGCCGCAGCCUCUGCAGCCUCCUCCUCCUCCUCCUCCUCCUCCGCCGCCGCCGCCGCCUCGAGCCGCACCGCCUCGCUCCUCGCCGGCGAGGAGCAUCCUUGGGCGUCUCUGGCUGAGGAGGCGGAGCCGUCCGAGCCGCCGGCCUCCUGGGACCGAAUCGACAAUUCCACCGUCUCCACCCCCACCAUCACCGCCCCCGCCCUCCCCGCCUCCACCCAGAAUUGCUUGAACGCAGCCGCUGGCGGCAUGCUCCAGCGUGCGAUGACGAGCGCAGCCACGUCGGAUCAGCGACUGCUCUCGCGCUCUCCGCGGUCGCUCGCAGAGAUCCUCGAGCGGAGGAUGGCCGGGGGCGUCAGCCCGAUCCCCACGCCGCCUCGAACGCCGCCAGACUCUCGCCGCGAGAGCUUGGCGUAA